AUCCUAUUUUGUUUUCCAGAUUUUUGAUUUUUAAUGGAUUUUAAUUUCUGGUUGCUUUUUUGCUACAAUUUGUGUUUUUCAAAAUAGGUUUAUGCAUAUUGAUGGAUUUAGAUGGUGUGCAACCUAAUUAUCCUUCUUCCUGUGUUACUCAUUCAGUUGGUGAUAUUUAUCGUACUCUAGAGGUUGUUGGAUCAUUUAGCCCUGGUGGUACCACUAAGGAAUGGAUUCCAAGUGUUCCCGAGGAGUUAAAACCUAGUUUGGGGAUGAUAUUUAAAGAUCCUGAAGAGGGUCUUAGUUUUUAUAAAGCAUAUGCAAAUGCCGCUGGGUUUACUUCUAGGAAAUCUACUACUAAAAGGAAGAAGAAUAACAAAGAUAUAAUUGCUUUUCAAUAUGGAGUUUGCAAUAAGGAAGGUUUUAGGGCAAUAAGAAAACCUAUUGCUCAACAAACAGUUUAUGAAGAAGGAAAAGUUCGUAUUACUAGGAAACGUUUAGUCACUCGUGUAGGAUGCAAUGCUCACAUAUGUAUGAGAUAUGAUGCUGGAAAGUAUGUUGUAACUCAUUUCAAAGAAGAACAUAAUCAUCCUUUAUAUACUCCAAGUUGUGCAAAAUUUCAGAAGGAUAAUAGAAAAAUGCAUAUUAUGCAUAAAAAGUUGAUUGUUGAUAAUUCAAAGGUAAAUGUUGGUCCUGUGAGGUCUUAUACUAUGAUGAAAGAAUUAGCUGGAUCACAUGAUAAUGUUGGUGCAUCUAAACAAGAUUUCAAAAAUUUUUAUAGAGAUUUGAAGGCUUUUAUUGAUGGAUCAGAUGCCCAAAUGUUUGUGGAUAAUUUUCAAAAUAAGAAAUUGCUCUGGAGUGCAUUUUUUUUUCCUAUGAUGUUGAUGAAGAAGAUAGACUUUGUAGAGCUUUAUGGGCUGAUCCAAUCUGUCGAAAAAAUUAUGCACUUUUUGGUGAUAUGGUUUCUUUUGAUACCACAUUCAAAACAAACAGGUGAUGUUUUAAAUAUAAAUUUCUUUCAUAAUGUAAUUAAUAUUUUACUUUUACAUAUUAAUUUUUUAAACAUAUGUUCUUAUAUUCUAAAUAUCAUGCCUUGUGUUCCUAAACAAAUAUCCAUCAUGUUUUGAUGUUCUAAACAAAUAUUCUUUAUGUUCUAAACUAUGUAUGCCUUAUGUUCUAAACAUAUAUUGCUAAUGUUCUACCUUAUGCUUUAAAAUAUAUCCAUCAUGCUUUUAUGCUUUAAACAUUAUGCUUUUGUGUUUUACACUUUAUUCUUUGUGUUCUAAACUAAUAUCCAUCAUGUUCUAAACAUUAUGUCUAUAUGUUCUAAAGUUUACUUAUAAGUUUUUAAAACUACAUUGUAUAUUUUUAGUUUAGUGUUUAUGUUUUAGAGUAAUUCAUUAUGUUUUAAAACAACUAUAUUACUGCCACGUUUAAUAAUUAAAUUAAAUUACUAUCCUCUAAAGUUUAUCCUUAAUGUUCUAAAGUAUACCUCUAUGUUCUACAAUUUACCUCUA